UUGUAUAAUUAGCCAUUUCGGUUACUAAUUGAGUUAGAUUGCGUUUUUCAAUUAAAAAUGUAUUUAAUGAUUGUGAAUAUUCAUCGUAUUUGAUAGUACAACUGUUACCUUUGUAACAAAAAAAUUUUGACAUAUUGAAUUUUUUUUAGUAAAAACGUGAUUUCUAAAUCUUAGUAAAAAAAAAGAUAGCCAAAAAAUUCAAGAAAUUUCUAGAAAUCAAGAUCUUGAUAAUAUUUUGGAAUCAUCGUUUUGUUUUAUUCUCAAGUAUUGCCGUAAUUAGUCUGUCAUUUUUUGUUUACAAAAUAUAAAAGUAAUUUAAAGAAAUAUCUAUUUAUCUAAUUUUUAAUUCUUUAUUUAGUUCGAUAAGAUUAUCUUCUAAAACGCAUCAAUAUCUUCAUGAUCAAUUGAAAAAGGUCACUCAUACAUUACAAUCCUUAACAUUAAAUAGUACAUCAAAAGUUAUAAGACACAUUUAUUCACAAUCAUUAAAUACAUUUUUAAUUGAAAAACGCAAUCUAACUCAAUUAGUAACCGAAAUGGCUAAUUAUACAAAUUUAGCUAUUAUGAAAAAAUUGACAGCAAUUCGAAAUUUAGUAAAUGUAUCUGAACAAACGUAUAGACAAUUUGCAAAAACUACCGAUGAGGAAAAAGAAGAAAUUUAUAAAUAUAUGGAUAAUCAUGGUUAUUUGAGCACAAAAUUUGUUGAAAAUAAAACACUCGAAAGUAUAGCGGCUGAAGCAAAUUUGACAAUGUCUAAUUCUAUAAUUUCUACAUCAACAUCAUCGUCGAUCACACAAUUAGAUAGUGGAGUUGGAGGAGGAACAGCAACAACUGGAAGUACCUCUACAUCUACACAAGAAUCAGGUACAACUGGUACAGCAAAUGAACCACAAGAACCCGGUGAAUACGGAGUAUUAAAAAAGCCAUUAAUUUUACAAUUAAAAAAACAUUUUGCCAAUCAAAUGGUCAAUGUUACUCAUAGUACAGUUCAUAUACCAACAAUUAUUUAUGCAAAAAAAAUUUUACUGAAUGCGAAUUGGUCAUAUAAUUUAAAUCAAGCAUUUAUUGAUAAUUAUAAUCAAGAUCCAGAAUUAACGUGGCAAUAUUUUUGUUCUCAAACUGGUCUUUAUCGAGUGUGGCCCGGUCAUAAAUGGGAUUAUCCUGAAGGUGAUACUGAGAUGCUUGAUCUAUUUGAUUGUCGUGUACAAAACUGGUAUAUUCGAGCUACUUCAUCACCGAGAGAUGUUGUAAUAUUGAUUGAUGCAAGUGGUUCUAUGACUGGACUAAAAAAAUCAAUCGCAAUACAAACCGUUGAAACUAUAUUGGAUACACUAUCCGAUGAUGAUUUUGUUCAAAUAUUAAAGUUUCAAGAGGGUGUCUAUUUUAUUGAUAAUUGUUUUCAAAGUGGCCUUGUACAAGCAACAUUUGAAAAUCGUGCAAAAUUUCAUGAAUCACUGAAUAGUAACGAUAUGGAUACAAAAGGUGUUGCUAAUUUUUCAAAAGCACUAGAAAAAGCAUUCGACAUAUUAGAUGAAGCACGAACAAAUAUUUCAAGAACAGAAAACGUUCGUUUACUUUGUCAAUGUCAUUAUUUAACAACCGAUAAUUAUACGGGAGAUGAUCGAACUGAAUUUUGUCCAUCUGAUCAAAAUGCAACAUCAUAUUCAGCUGAUGAAAAACCAUUUUUGGAUAGUACCGGUUGCAACAAAAUGAUAAUGAUCGUUACUGAUGGUGCAACAGAAAAAGCAAUGCAUGUUUUUCAAAACCGAAAUUGGAUACCUAAUCAAGUUUCAACAUGUCAUCCAACAGAAACAAGAGUAUUUACGUAUAUGAUCGGUCGUGAACUUGGUGAUCCGAAACAUAUUCGUUGGAUGUCUUGCGCAAAUAAAGGUUAUUUUGCUCAUGUUUCAACAUUAGAAAAUAUUCAAGAAAAUGUUGAAGAUUAUAUACCAGUGACAGCACGACCGAUUGCUAUGUACAAUGAUCAUGUUACUGUAUGGAGUAGUGUAUUUCUCGAUGUUGAGGCAGCAGACGAUGUCAUUUUAUUGGGUGCUGUUGGAGCAGAUAUUCCAAUUAAAUUACUACAAGAAUUUUCUCCAAAAUACAGACUAGGUGUUCAUGCAUAUUCAUUUAUGAUUAAUCACAAUGGUUAUCUUAUGUUUCAUCCUGAUUUACGACCAGUGCUUGGCACAUAUCGAAAGCGUAGUUAUCAUUCAAUCGAUUUAGAUAUGGUAGAAAUACCACACAAUCUAACUAAUUUUGUACAUCCAUUACCACCAAGUAGCAUUCAAAAAAUUCGUAAAGAUAUGAUACAAUCAAUUGAAAAUAACUUUGUAGCAGAAAUAAAAAGACAUUUUGAUGAUAUGCGUCGAGUAGAAGAAACAAAUCAAAGUUACUAUUAUUCAACAUUAGGUGAUAAAGAGUCAAAUCCAUUCAGUUUGGGUAUUGCUAUUCGAUUACCGUACGGUGAAUAUGAUAUUAAAAUAAAAGAUCCUGAUACAGAAAAAACUCAAAUAGCUCGUCGAUUUAUUUUUCAACGAAAUGUUCGUAUUGCUGAUUGGAUUUAUUGUAAUUCAACAGCUGAAGAUGAUGUUGGUGAUACAGAAGAAUCAUUUCGAAAUUAUUUACAAGAAAAAAUUGAAACAAAAAAACUUCUCUCAUGUCCAUAUAAUUCUAGUAGAAGAUUGAUUAAUAUGAUGAUUGAAGAAUUGUAUAUUAUGAGUAAAUUUGAAAAUUGGACAACAACUGGUGCAUUUAAUUCAGAUAAAAGUACUAUUAAACCAAAUAUAUACGCUGCCUAUGAAGAAUUUGAACAAUAUAAACAUGAAAAUCAUUUACAUUGGCUAUUUCUUGGUACACGUUCAGGUAUAACUGCAUAUUGGAAAAUGUAUCAUUUGGCUAACGAAGAUCAUAUAAGACAAUUUGGAGAUGCGAAUCCAAAUUCAAUUGAAUCAACUUAUUAUGAACGAACAAUUGAUGCUACGUAUAAAUAUGAUGCUGGUCAUAUAAAAGGAAAUCAUCAUAUUUAUUCACUAUUUCAUGGCGUUAAUCAUGUUCCAUCAACAAAUACGCUAAUAACAAGUGCAAUAUGGAUGAAUAAAACAAGUAAAACUAGUCCAUCAGCAAAUGUACCAUUUGGUGUAUUUGGUAUUAUGCUACCCUAUACUACUGUUCGUUCAACACAUUUUUCUGAUCUUUGCGCUAAACUAGACUCUGGUAUAUGUUAUAUAAUUGAUGAACACGGUUACAUUAUGUUUAUUAGUCAACCAGGAGUUAUUGAUCGAAUUAAUGAUAUUGGCAAAUUCUUUGGUGAAUUUGAAGGAGCAUUACUAAAAGAAUUUGAAAACAAAGGAAUAUUUAAAAGUAAAUUAAUGGUGGAUUUUCAGGGUGUAUGCCUAAAACGUCGUAAAUCGAGUGGAAAAAGUUCAGCUGGACUAUUUCGUGGAAUCUUACGAACAUUUAUUGUAGUUUUGUCUAAUAUCAUCAAUCAUAUUGCUUUAUUUUUGGCUCAUUGGCCAAAUUAUUCACUAGGAGCCGAAUCGGAGAUUCAGAAUGUGAAUUCGACAAAUACGGAAAAUCAGCCGACAGAACCAUCUUAUGUGAGAGAAAGUUUACAUAACAUUCUUCUUGAUCAUAUUGACUUUCGUCGACCAAUUGUUGAUUAUAAAAAAUUAAACUAUUCAAAAGAUGAUGAUACGGUUGAGAAAAUACCUGAAUCAUGUAUUGAAAAGUUUAGAUUGUGGAUAUCUACAUGGAAAGGAUGGCAAGGUGAAUUGCCAUCGAAAGAUAAUGGUAUUACAUGGGAAGAAGUUGAUAGAGUUAACACAAAAAGCGGUUGGGUAAAAUGUACAGAAGUACCACAGGAACCAAUAUUUACGCCAAUUAUUAUCGAAAACGCAUCCAAUAGUACCACAAAUGAGACUUCAACUCGAUCAGCAAUACCAACAGUAUCAUCGGAUUUUAGUAGUACAUAUGCAACAUCGUCUGAUGAAUUAUUUCCCUAUUUAGUUUCAAAAAUUCCUAAUACAAAUUUAUUAAUGGUUUACGUCAACCAUUCAAAAUCAUAUUGUGAAAAAUUAAUAAUUAGACGAGAACCAGUUGAAUUUAAACAUCAUGAACGAUGUACUCGAUUGAAAACGACACCGUAUCGUGAACGACCGCACAAGUGUUUCUUUGUCCAUGAUGAUGAGGAUACGACAACAUGUUUUCAACAUGCUUCAACACAAUUUGCUACUAUUCAAAUUAUAGCAUUUUCAAUAAUAACUCAUUUCAUAUUCAAACAUAGCAUAAAUGGGACGUGA